GUAAAAACGAUAUUGGAUAUUGGAUCCGAAAUAAACGGUCCUGACAUGUGUUACCGUGCUCCUUUGUUUUAUACUUUUUGUUUCUGUUUAUUUAUUAUAAGGCCAGCUCUUGCUGGACAAAGAGAUCAUGACAGAAUUGAUUUUCUACCUGGAGUAUGGCCAAUGCCAUACUUUAUACAGUACUCGGGUUAUCUGCAUGGUUCGACUAGCAACAUCAGAUUGCAUUACUGGUUGGUUGAGGCGAAAGUUAACCCCAAAGGAUUUCCACUUUUGCUUUGGUUGAAUGGUGGACCUGGAUGCUCGUCCAUGGAGGGAAUUUUCAGUGAAAACGGACCUUACAAUGUGUUGGAAGGAAUAAAGGUGGCGCAGAAUUUCUACUCAUGGAACAACUUUGCUAAUGUUCUAUAUUUGGAAGCUCCAGCUGGUGUGGGAUUCUCAUAUGCCGUGGAUAACAAUAUAACUACAGAUGAUGACUUUGGUGUCGCCGUUGGUAAUCCAGUAACGAGUUUCAAGCUCAUUGAUAAUUCAAUGUUAUAUUUUGCCAAAUAUCAUGGAUUGAUAGGUGAAAAAGUGUGGAAUGAUUUACUGUCACAUUGUUGUCACAGUAAAUAUUAUACUCGUUGUAUGUUCACUGAUAAUCAUUCGGACAAGUGCCAACGUUUAAUCAGCUAUAUAUCAGAAAAUGUCACUAUUGGAUUAAAUGUAUACAAUAAAUAUGAUCGUUGUGGUGGUGUUAAAAGUAUGACCAAUGAAUACCUUAUGAAUAUAUAUUCAAUGUCUGUUAACAAUUCCUAUCCUGGUCCACUGGUACAUAGUGAUUUUGGUAAUCACUUUCGGAACAAUAAGUAUGUUCAAAAGAAACGUGAAUUAAUUUCUCAGAUUCGAGAGAAGAUAGGUGCAAAGUUGGUCGUUCCUUGUAAUGAUGAAAAAUUAAUUGCAAAGUACUUAAAUAUGCCAAUAGUCCCAAUUCUUAUCUAUAAUGGAGAUAUCGAUAUGGCUUGUAGUUUUAUUGGAGACGAAUGGUUUGUAGAUGACCUAAACCUCAAGCCGCAUGAUCAUCGACAAAGUUGGAUUUACUUAUCUGAAGGCGGUAGAAAUCUAGUCGGAGGAUAUUGGAAGUCGUUUGUAGAGAACAACGUGAAGUUUACCUUUGCAACAGUGAGAGGAGCUGGUCAUAUGGCACCUAGAGAUAGGCCUGAUGCUGUGUAUCAUUUAAUUUCAUCUUUCAUCAAAAACCAGCCUCUUUAAUUAUACUUCUAUCUUUUGAUGGUAUUUCACAAAUUCUGACUACGUGUUUUUUCUCUUCUUUUAUAUUUAAACAGUGAAAAGUGAUUAUUUCUGAUAAUAUAGUAGCCCUUAAUAUUGAAUUCUAUGUAAUCAUGUAUUAGUCAAUAGAACUAUUUUGCUAAAUAUUGCUUAUUUCGCAAAGAAAUAAGUGAGAUUAUUGAUAGUGUUUUCUGUUAGUUUUGAUAGAUUCGUUUUUCACUUUUAACGUAAAUAGGUGUAAUACUACGCCUUCAGACACCGGAUAUCGGUGGUUUCGAGAAUUUACACCUUCAGAAUGUUGGUUGGCGUGAAAUAUAAGAUAAAUCUCACUCUCAUAGCGUAUGCUUUAACCGAAAUGGUCAACCAGAUUUGCAUAAUUUCUCAAUCUUUUAAUUUAUCCCUGCUCACUUGAAUAAUGUUUUCAAAUUUCACAUGUUUUCCCAUCUGUGUAGCAGAGAUGCGAU